AUGCGUCCCUCAUCGACGACGAGAAGGGACCUGCAACCGGUGGUCACUCUGGGAAAGGCUGUAGCUCAAUGCAAACCUCAAGCUCGGGUGUAUGGCGCGUGCAUAUUGGCAUCCUACGAAUCCGUGGACCGCAACAUGUGCCAAAAGGAAUUUGAAAAGUUCAAAGAUUGUGUGCAGACCAAAGUGAGUCGACGGCACGCUUGGCAGCUGAGCAGGAGGGCAGGGCAGAUGCAGGGAACAAGGCGUGCCGUGCACCGCAGAGUCUGCUGCAGGAGCUCAGUGGGCUGGCCGACCAGCGCUGGUGGCUAGUGAUGCCUGCCAGCUUGAACUUGCUCCUCUUCCCAUCUCCUUGAGCGUCGCUGACUCAUUCCAAAUCACUUCUCCUCAUCAGAUGAAGCGCAAGUGGUAG